AUGUUCUCAAGACUCUCUACGUUCAAGCCAUUAGGGGCUCGUCUGUUCUCGACUAUUCGUCCAGUAUCACCAAUGAUGCAACUUCGUCAACAACAGCAGCAGCUGUCACAGCAGGUGGUGUCUCCUACGAGUUUUACCCCUGUUAGUGCUCCUCUUGUGUCUUCUAUUGUGCAGACCUUGCUUGGCCGUCGUUGGAAGUCCAGAGGUAACAACUACCAGCCAAACACUUACAAGAGAAAGAGAACGCUGGGGUUCAUGAGUAGAAUGAGAAGCAAAACUGGGAGAAAGAUCGUCGAGAGAAGAAAAGCCAAGGGCAGAUGGUACCUGGCCCACUGA